AUGGACAAGUUGUUCCGGAAACGCACCACGUCCAACGCCCGCAGCGACAGCAGCAGCCAGCCGCGCGAACACCGUUUCCGCAAGGACAAGGUCGCCGCCCUGCCCAAGCGCGCCGCCGCCCCGCUCCCACGUCUGCCGCCAAGCCUCGACAUUGACAUCCGCAACUCACUCAUUCUGCCCAGCCUGACGCAACGCUUCUCCGUGCUCCUCCCUGGCCUCACAGCAGCGCCGGACCAGACUGUUCGCUCGUUGUUAGCACAGCAGCGUGGCCGUAACGACGGUCCCAGUCUCACGCUCGAAGAGGAAGAGCUCCUCAUUGCAGAGCUCAGGGGCGACGCGCCGAGCGUCAUGAGUGGAAUCUCAGAAUGGGACGGAAACCCGCCGCCGCUUGAUGGCGACUGGGGGUAUGGGAACGCUCCUCGCACCGGCAGCCUCGCGGGAUCCAUGUCGUCCCCAUCUGUGCGCUCACGGUCGGGUUCAGACCUGGCUACAUUGUCCACAUCUGCCCGCGGGUCGGCGACCCAGCUGUCGCCGUCUGGAUCAUUCACACCACUUGCCCCAGUCAAGUCGCCAUCGUACUCUACUUUUGGUGGCGAGCGCAUUGGUCCCCGCUCCUAUGGCUUCUCCAGCAGUGCUGGGUUCCGUGACAACAACUACCUCCGCAAGGUCACCAAGACGGCUGGCAAGCCGGCCGAAGGUGUCGCCGACACGCCAACGCCUCACCACCCUAGCCCACCCCGCCGGAAACCCUUACCCGACAUGUACCCACCGAUGCCUACGCUCACGGACCGCGAAGCAUCAUCGAGCAGCCCAUCGAGCUCAUCAGACCGUACGGCGUUGCCAUCUGCGCAUGUAUCAACAGCGUCCAUCGGCGGCAGAAGCGUCACGUCGCCAGUCACCUCCACUCCGCAGUCGCUGGUGGAUGAGGUGCUCAUCCAGCGUCCACAAAAGACAACGCCGCUGGAUGCACGCGGACCACAUCCCAGACAGCGGCUGCAUCAGCUGCAGCAGCCGCAGCAACGACAGUCCUUGAUGAUGGGCCUGAGCCCAGCACAGGCGCAGCGCAUUUCAAUGGCAUUGUUAGAGCUUGAAAGCCACCUGGUGUCUGCGGUGGAGGUGCCGGAAGAACCCUCGCGUGGCGCGGAACAAGGUUCAUACGUGGUUCUAAAUGACCAGGAAGAGAUUCUGGACGGUGAUGGAGGGGACCCUAUUGUCCUUGACCGCGUUCCAUCCAUCACAUCAACAUCAGCGUCCUCGUCCGUCUUCCCAUUUACCGUCUCGCCAACUUCAAGUGCACACGGCGGCUCGGCAAGCGUUGCACCCUCCACCGCAGCCCCCCCUACCCCCGUCUCCAAACCCCCAUCCCUCCCCUCCUCUCCGCGCACACUCAACUUGCAAGCCAUGCAGUCGUCUGCGGGCCAGUCGCCAACACUCCCAUCGGCGUCGUUCCCGGCUGUGCCCGCAGGCAUGCAGUCCCCCUCCCCUUCCCCAGCCGCCUCCGCGCCAGAAGGCGCCGACAUGUACCGCGCCGACGACUCCACCCGCGUCUCAUCGGCGACCACCAGCCUCAGCGAGACCGACUACCAAGUCCCUGCGCCCGCAUUGAAGCCGUUCCGUCCCCAGCCCGUGCGGCACACCCCAUCACCAGCGUUUGGCGUCACGAGCGGCUACGUGCCCGGCCAGCCCCGUCCAGUGGGCUCGCGUCACGGUGGACACGGCUCGUUUUCGUCCAAGAGCUCAACACCACCCUUUGGCUCGCCAUUGUCCCCCAGCGCGAUGAACGGCAUCGGCCAACUGCCGACGCGCGCCCCCUUCCCCAGCGCGCCCACUGGCCAGCGUCGCAGUGGAUACAGUGCGCUGCAAGGCGGUGUGCAGCUUGCACGAUCUCAUUCUGCGACUCAGGGUUCCAACGCAGGAUCGCGAUCCAACACGCCGACGCAGAGCAGCAAGGUCGGCCAUGUUCCAGCCCCUGGCGUCCUCGCUGCCCGCCAUCAGGCCAGCCACAGCAUUGGCGAGUUUAACUCCUGGCGCUCGGGAUCGUCGCUCGGCGUGCAUUCACCAACCAAGGCGGUUAUUAUCGAGGACGAGCAGGCCGAGAGAUCGGCGUCGAGUGACAGCUCCCGUCCACCACACACCGAGAUCACGUCAAACCUGUACAGCCACGGGUCGAUUGGACGCACCUCAGAGGCGAUUGGCUUGUUCCCUAUGAAGGAUCCAUCGGCACAGCCACUAGCUCCACUCCAGCGCGUCAGGACACACGAGUCGACGAGCUCGACGUUUAGCAUGCCCGGCAUGGACGACAGCGCCCUCUGGGACAGUAUGUUCCGCGACCGCCCGUUCGACCAUGCCGCGGUCAUUACCCCCAACGACGACCAGGACCGCGCGGACCUCGACCUGCUGCGCUCGAUGAGCGGAAUGGGCAAGGACGAGCUCAUGGCCAUCCAGGGCCGUCUGGUGGAGAACGCAAAGUCGGAGCGUGACAGGCUACGCAGUGAACGCGACGAGGAUGUCACUCCUUCCCCCCAGCCAUCACAGCCGCCAUUGUCUGCGUCCGAGACACAUGUGCCGGUCCAAAAAUCGUCAGCGGCAGCCUCAGCAGCUAGCCUCCCUGCAACACUGUCAAAGAGUCCAGCUUGGCCCAUGCCGCCAACGUCUGGUCCUGCUGUGCGCCCCGCUGUGCGCCCCGCUGAGCCCGCGCCACCCGCUCGCCUUGAUAACGGUGUGACGGCCCCGUCCCCAGGUCCUCCAACUUCCCCAUCCCAGUUCCCCACACAGCAUGUGCCCCGGUCCGAGCUCCCAAGAGGCCCUCCUCCUAUGCGCCCCCAACCCCCUCCAGCCAACAUCUCCCCUGUGCCCGUGUCGGCUGCCUCCAUGUCGCCAACGGUCGUGACGCCUUCGUCUCUCCCGCCGUGGGCUGCUGGUAUAGCAUCGCCGACCGGUGUUGCGUCGCCUGCAGCGGCGUCACCCACUGGUAACACGAACGGCCAAAGUGGACACGACCGAUCGGCUUCUGGAGGUAAGACGUGGCUCGACGAUGACCCCGACGCGCGUCGUGACAUUGAGGAACGUAUCCAGCUGGCCAACAGCUCGCUGUUCCGCGCGCCAUCCCGCUCUGCACACAAGCGUAGCUUGUCCAAAAAGCAAAUCUCAUCCCCCACACUCGUGUCGUAUUCCGCAAAGGUGCCUACAACGCCCAUCGCGUCGAUCCCAGGUGUUGGGGACCAGGGUUCUCUGGGCAAAAAGGCGGGCGAGAAGGGAUCGUCGGGCCACAAGCUCAGUGGACGCUGGCGGAAGCUCGGGUUCAAGAGACCGAGCAUUUCGGGUGCAGAGGUCACGCCGUUCAUGCCGCCCAUGCCCCCAGCAACUGCGCCUCUCUCUGGACCCCUUGCGACGACCCCAAGGCAGCAGCAGCAGCAGACCGCUCAGCCCACGCCACCUGCUUCACUGUCGCGCAAGCCCGAGGGUACCGACCUGCACGGUUUCCGUUUCCCCCAUGCACCUGACGGAGUUCCGGGCUCCCAAAAUGGCGGCGCCGACAUGCCUGCUCCCAACGGCGUCGUUCCAAGGGGGACCCAGAAUACUCCCCAUCACGACGCUCCCAACGGACGUGCCGUGCCCACUCAUGCUUCGCCUGUGCUUGCCUCGCAACCCCAGUCUCGUACCCCGCCUCAGCACCUGUCAGCGCUCCCCUCGCAGUCGCCUCCGGUUGCGCUCACCCGUGGUUCGCCUGGUGGGGAUGCCCGUACCGCGCCUACCGCCGAGGUUCGCCCCGCGUCGCCCAAAGGCCAGCGCUCCAAGCCCCUCACUGGCGCGGCGCUGCAGGCGAUUACCAACCCGAAUCUGGACAAGGUUGUUUCGCGGCGCACGCACGGCACGACACCUUCGGACGCGUCGAUCGACAAGUUUAUCCAGGCCGGUCGCGAGGUUGGCUUUGACGACGAGCGUCUCAACGAGAUCCUGGCGUCCAACGGUGUCCGCCACUCGGACGCGAGCAGCUCGCUUUCUCGCCUGUCGUCGGCGCCCUUGUCGUUUACUGGGGCACGCUCCUCACCGAAGGCGGCACCGAGGCUCACGCUGGGCUGGGGCCACGGUGACAUUGACGCGAGCCAGUUCGUCAUUUCCCAGUUCGACAGCCCGCCGCCUACCCAGCCGUUCUUUGACAAGAGCCAGUUGGACCAGGUGGCAUCAUCGUUCGACCGUCCUCUGUCAGACCGUCCCCUGUCAGAGCGUUCGAUCAGCGGUCGCCUCCACCCUCCCGCUCGCAUCCCGUCGACAGUGGACGAGAGCCCUCGCAUCACGGAGCGUGCGCUCUCGGAGCCCCGUGCAUCCAGCGACAUUGACCCCAGCAUCUUGCGCCGCACAAUCGUCAUGGUCGACGAAGCUGCUACUCCUGGUGCUCCCCUCAGUCCCCAAGUGUCGCGAACGGGCGGCAACGGCGGUGGCGGUGGCGGCCGCAAGCUCCCUCCCUCACCCCUUCAGCUCGCCGACAAUGACGCCGUCCCGACCACGCCCGUUUCGCCCACUACAGCUCUCAACGGCACCUCCAACGGCAAGGCGGCGCCGUUCCAGCGCGGCAACUCGAUCCGUCGCAAGCCCGUGCCGCUUGCCAACAUUGACAAGCAGCCGGUGGAGCCCAACCCGCGUCCUGGACUGCACAUCCGCACCGAGUCCAACACGUCGGACGCAAUGUCCUCGCUGGUCUCGCCCUCACCUCACUAUGACGGUUCGCACUAUUAUGGCAACAGUGAGCCUGCGAGCGCCACAUCAAGUGGAUUCCCACAUUCGACUUCUUCCUUCCUCGACUAUUACAACGGCGACUCUCCGGUCUCUGAGACGUUUGAUCGCGGAUCGCAGUUUGGCUCUCAGCAGUUCAACCGUGGAUCCCAGGGUCUCGAGAUUACCGAGUACGCCGACGGGCGCGUUGUGUGGAACAUUGUGAAUGCCCUGCGCAGUGAUGCCGGCCACGGAUCAACGUCCGAGGACCACACCAACAACCAGCAGGAGCUUCAGCGCGGCUCGGUGCUGUCUACCCAGAGCCAAACGAGUAACUACACUGGAUCACAGCGCGAGAGCCAGCCGCCUGAGCGUCUGAGCGAAGUUGCAGAGGGUGGACUACCUGCGAAUGGACCAUGGCGCGUGGGUCCUACUGCUGGACUGUCCUUUAUGCGCCGCCCGGAGACAAAGGUCUACUACACCUCAUCGGCGGACGUGGCCGACCUCAUUGACCAGCUGUCUGGCGAUGCAACGGGCGGCGCCACGCGUGGCCGUAUCGACAUUCGUCCCACACAGAUGGGUGUGCCGCAGUACGGUGCGCUUGGCUUCGGUCCUGGCCAGUUUGACGACGCCGACCUCGCACCUGGCGCCGCCCAAGACUUGUCCACAUCGACCGCGACCUUGUCCCCACUCAAGCAACGCCGCCUGCGUCCGGACCUCGAGCAAAACUUUACUGCCCAGGACGUCCAGUCGCCCUCGGCACAGAGUUUCGGCAGUGACCUGUCGGGAGGUGGGAGUGCAAGUGUGGGCCAUGGCGGUAUGGAGCGCAGUGUAGAGGACCGGUUGCAGGCGCUCAUGGACCGGCUGAGGGCCGCGCCGGGAGGAGUGUCGGGAGUGGUUGUGGAAUAG